GAGCUAUUUCCUCUUUAUCAGAACCUUCUGGGGGAUUCCGAAAUGAUUCAUCUCUGUCUUCUUCAUUAAGUUGUAUUUAAACAUUUAAUCGUUUUUCAAUGCAUUUUCAAAAAUUCAAACAGACUCAAAACACAGAGUGUAUUUGAAUAGGCUGCAGUAAAAUGUUUCGAGUCAUUGAUAGAAACAUUUCGACAAUCUUAUCAGAGCGAACACUUGUUUUCAGUUUCCGGCCGCAUGACCAUAUUCCUGUCAGUGACCACACGUUUGUUAACUCCCCAUCUGUAUACAGUGAAUAGCCAGCGCUUGUUUUCACUUCGUUUGACCUCACACACCGUUUUCGAAACGGGAUCUGAAGGCUACGGUAAUGGAACCCCAACGAAUAGUCCAAACAGAAAGGUUCAGAAUGAAGUUACGUCUUCUUCUUUGGCUGUUUUCACCUGUUGUGCUGAGUGCUUCGGACCAAGAACACUUUGUGAAUGGGACACAUGAGCCAGUCACAAAAUUGAACAUUUCUGAAGACUUGGGUUACAUUAAUCCACAGGAUUAUACAACCACAACUAUGACACCAAAUCUUUAUGACCUUGACGAGAAUGAGAAUUAUGUUAAGAUAUUCUUGAAGGACCAAAGAGGACUCAUGACUCAUGUUACAACUAAAAGAUUUGUUGAUGGGAACGUUAAACUUCCAGAUGGCAUAGGUGGAUUUCUUGUGAGGGACAUCACUUGUCUACUGACAACUGAGUUGAGCUGCACCUGGAAUGCACUGAAAGAACCUGAGAAUGCGGAAUACUCUGUCGAAAUAGAGCGAGAGAGCAUGCCUACCACCAUAUGCGAUUGCGACAAAAUGGAUGGCAGAGUCACUGGUUGCCAUGGGAAUGUUCAAUACCAUGGGAAUAUGCAAGACCAGAUUCUAAUCUUGCACAUCAAUGUUUCCUGUGUGAACUUCUGGUACAUUCAUUCUCGAAAUUUCAAUCCAGACGACAUCGUGAAAUUCAAUCCUCCACAGAAUAUAUCAGCGUCGGUCAUAUCUGGAAACCUACACAUUAAAUGGGACCCCCCAACAUUAAUACGUGACAGGUGUCUUCGCUAUCAGUUAAGAAUUAACAAGGAAGAUGAGCCUAGAAACUUUUCUGUGGACAGAAGCUACACUGUGCCCAAUGUAGACCUAUCCAAGAGCUAUUUUGUGCAAAUGAGAGUUACCAAGUCAGAAACUUGCACGGAGAAUAAUAUCUGGAGUGACUGGAGUGCUGCUGUAGAGGUGCCUAGCUCUCAGAAGCUGUUAGAUCCUCUGGUGAUUGUGGCCAUUGCCUUGGGCAUUCCCAUGUUCCUCCUGGCUGUUUUCCUGGUUUUUAGAUGUCGGAGUGAAAUGGAAAAGCUCUUUCCUGUUCCCAGCCCAUCGAUGAAGGUAAAGCAACUACUGGAAAAAGACGACUAUAUCCAGGUUUUACCGGCGAAAUAUAUUGAGGAAGUAACUGAAGUUUUGUUAGUUGGAAAUGACGAAUGCACAAAGAUCUCUGAGUAGACAUGGAUCACAUAUAGAAAAAUGGACUUCUUCAGGCUUAAUUUUCGAAAUGUCCAAGUUUAUGAAAAAAUGUUGAAAUGUAUGUAAAGCGUAUUGCAUUAAUUUUUUCUGUCCAUAACAAUUGUAUAUUUAUCUGAGCUCAUACUUGAGGGUGUAGCAGGAACAGACUGCUGACGGCGUUUCUCUCGAACUUACUGUCAGAAUUAGUGUUAAAUUGUGUUGACUGUUCAGGAAAUAUUUUGAAAUGUUGCUAUGGUCUGACAUACGGACAGCGGCGAUGACUCAGUUCCCUCAGUCCGAUGUCAUGGUGAACUUGUGCUUAGUUUGAGAAAACAGGAUGGGGAAACAGGAUGAAAGGCUCAUUAAUGGGGAGGGUCAGAUCUGCCGACGUACGAGACCUUUUGGUGUGCCAGUAUAAUUUGCAAGGCUAACCAUAUAUUUUCGUUGUGUGAUGUUUUCCACGCCGUUUGCCUUUUUUGUGUUUGUGUAUUAGUUUUUGUGUAUUAAAACUGCUAUACAUGCAUUCAACAAGGCACAUGUUUGCUAGUGCUUAUAAACAUAUUCAGACUUCC